AAAUCACGAGUUUUCAGGUUUGUGAUGUAACGCGUGUGACGUUUGCGGGACAUUCCUGACAGACUGACAACAGCAGAGCACAAGACGCCUCCUAAACAUGGCUUUGAAUCGAAAUCAUUCCCAAAACGGUGGCGUUUUGAUAAAUAAUGGAGAAAGCAUCGUAAAGGAAUGUAAGAAUGUGGAGCUUUCAUUCAGUGAUGUCAGCUGCAAGACAGACUUGCUGAAGGGGACCAAGAAGGGCACUAUUUACCUCACACCAUACAGGUUGGUGUUUGUGUCCAGUAAUACCAAGGACUGUUUGGGUUCAGUCAUGUUCCCCUAUUAUCUGAUGAAGGGCUGCAGCAUUGAACAGCCAGUUUUUGGAGCUAACUACAUUAAAGGGACAGUGUCAGCAGAGCCUGGCGGUGGCUGGGAGGGAAAGGCCGACUUCAAGAUGUCAUUCCCUAGUGGGGGCGCCAUAGAGCUGGGACAGUAUCUUUUCAAACUGGCUACAAAUGCUUCCCGAGCUGCUCCUGCCCAUAAUGGAGCAACUUCUUAUGGCUAUCCUUCACCUGGAAUGAUGAAUGGUUACGGUCCUCCUCCACCUGCUCCGCAUGGUUACCCCUAUGCACCUCCUCCUCAGCAGAAUGGAUUCUACCAAGGUCCUCCUCCUCCUUCUGCUGCUGGCAACAUGGGUUACCCCUAUCCGACUGCUGCAGCAGGAAUGUACCCUGCUGGUUUUGACUACAUGGCCCCACCUCCACCUUACCCUGGGCCACCCCCAAAUUGGCCCUCACCUCCUCAGAAUUGGACAGCAGCAGCAACAGCCCCACCAGCAGCCCCAGGAGGUAAUGCCAAAGCAGCCGAAGCAGCCAGCAGUGCGUAUUACAAUCCCAGCAAUCCACACAACAUCUACAUGCCCAUGGAGCGGCCUCCACCGUAUGCACCUCAUCCAGAUUCCACUGAUAAGAAAAACAACUGAGGCUCAGGCACCAAGAUGUCACACUUUUCUCCAUCUGAUACGUAUUCUACGCAAGAGUAUUGCUCAUGAAUAACUAUUUAGUCAUGGAAUACAGAAAUGUAUAACUCAUAGAGGAUAAAUUAAUACUUUGGAUAGUGAAAUGUCUUAUAAAUCAACCACUUGUUAUAUACAGUUUUCUUUUUUUUUUUUUUGUCAUAAACAGACAACACACCUGUUUGAAUUUGUGGUGCUUCAGUAAGAGCAUAAUCUUUAUACCAGUUAAGCAUUCCACGAAGAAGAAUGUAGUGAAUGUAUUUUUUAAAAAAUGCAUUUAUUACCAAAACAUUUUCUAGCAAUGCAUUGUUUGCAGUUCAUGCAGUUUGUAACAAUACCAACUUCUUAUAUAAACAAUAUUUUUGCACCGUCACCGAAAAGCGCUGUGGUUCUCUGCGUUUUUACAUUGAGGGACUGUUGUCCACAACAUAAUAUUAAACUAGGUUAACUAGUCUAACAUAUUAUCACAGCCUCAUUAGGAAAAUGUGGAGCUUUUGUAUUUUUUCUUUUUCUUUAUUCAUUGACCAUUGCAAUCCAAACCACACGAAGUCCGCUGAGUUAUUUAAUUCACUGUAGGACACACAUGAAAAUAAUCAAUCUACAUGUUACAGUUUUACUUUUCUGAGUCACGGUGUUUGAGAAACGGGAUCAAAUAGUUCCUGUGUAACAGAAUAACGUGCAAUAACAAGGCUGCAACCUGAGCAACCUUCCUCUCUGCUCUUGCUUCUGCUGUAUCCAUGUAUGUAAAGCCAAGCUGAAACCACAACUUUGUGUAAUUACACUAGUGUGUGGAUACAGGGACACACCUUGAGGCCCGUCAGUGUUUUGCCUGCUGUUGCAAACAUUUACCUAAUUAUAUUAAAAUGAAGCAAACAGCACAACUAAUUGUAAAUUCCGCCACAUGCAUCAGAUAAAACCUGUAAGAGAGCACUUGCACAUAAGUAGACAGUUUUUUUUUUUUAAGGGUGGGCUGUGUUUUCGUUUGCCUAAAUUAAUCAGAUGUGUGUAUAUUAAUAUCUAAUUUGCAAUUCUUAUUCCUUGUGUCUGUCAAUUUAAAAAUUCUAAUAAAUGUGGAAUUGAUUA